CCUUCUCCUUACGAAGCGAGAAUCUUGCUUCUCCAAUGGCUGUAAUCCCGAAGCAAGAUCCUCCACCACCUGCUCUCGUUGCCUCCGUCGAUGAAAUCGCGAGAAUCUACCGAUCACUCCCUCCAAGACCCACCAUUGAGGAAGUUGAAGCUGCUUCGUCCGUGCUCCAGACUGUGGACUCCGAAGAGAGGGCGAAGCUCGAGGAGAUCUCGACACAAGAGCUUCCCAAAGACGUCCCCGACGAGGUUUGCUCUGUCCUGAAGGAAGUGAGAAGGAACGUGGUCUUUUUCCGGAGCCAUGAGCAGAAGAAGGAGGCUCUGUUCUUGGUUGAAGUGGACAGGAUGUUUCAGAAUUUUGACGAGCUCAUUCAGAGAGCUUCUGAGCUGGUCUCCGGAGAUCGCAGUGACCGUAGAAAUGUGGGAUUUGAGGACCCAGUUGAGAGGAUUGUGAGAGAGAGUGAGAAUUCUGCGCGUAGCGAGGUUGAUGAUGCAACAGAGAAAGAGAGUCUGAUCAAGAUGGUGAAGACUGCUUCCACAAAAGCAACGAUCUCUACAGCUAAGGGAGAUUCUGAGAAAUUGAGCCUAAUGAAGGUGGCUGCCCUCAUUGAGAACUCUGCAAAAACCGGAGCCGAAACCCUCGAUCUCAAGGGGAAGUUGAUGGAUCAAAUCGAGUGGCUUCCCAUGUCACUUGGGAAAUUAUCUGAAGUCACUGAGUUGGACAUAUCAGAAAACCGAAUCAUGGCUCUUCCGUCCUCCAUGAGCGACCUAAGGGCCUUGACGAAGCUAUCCAUGCACUCCAACCAGCUCAUCAAUCUUCCCGAAUCGUUUGGCGAGCUAAUCAAUCUCCAAGAUCUCGAUCUCCAAGCCAACAGAUUGCGGUCCUUGCCCGAUUCCUUUGGGAACUUGUCUAGCCUUGUGAAUCUCAAUCUGAACUCGAACGAACUGACCCGUUUGCCUGAUUCCCUAGGGAAUCUGAAUUCUUUACAGACACUAAAUGUGGAAAGCAAUGAGCUUGAAGAGCUUCCUUACACGAUCGGCUCUUGCUCAUCCCUCAUCGAGCUAAGGCUGGACUUCAACCAGCUCAAGGCCCUGCCAGAGGCGAUCGGGAAGAUCAAAUCCUUGGAGGUUCUCACUUUGCAUUACAAUCGAAUCAAAGGGUUGCCUACAACUAUGAGCAAUCUUUCCAACUUAAGGGAACUGGACGUCAGCUUCAAUGAACUAGAGUCCGUGCCUGAGACCCUGUCUUUUGCCGUGAGCCUUGAGAAGCUGAAUAUCGGGAGCAACUUUGCCGAUCUGAGAUCCCUACCGAGAUCGAUAGGAAAUCUUGAGAUGCUUGAAGAACUUGACAUAAGCAACAAUCAGAUAAGAGAACUGCCGGAUUCUUUCAGGUUCUUGUUAAGGCUGAGAGUUCUAAGAGCCUAUGAGACUCCUCUUGAAUUGCCUCCAAGAGAAAUAGCCAGGCUUGGUGCUCAGGUGGUUGUACAAUACAUGGCUGAUCACGUGUCUAAGAGAGAUUCCAAGUCCAAACCGACAAAGAAGAAGAAGAGACAGUGGUUCCGGUUCGGGUUCUGGUUCUGCUCGGGUGCUUAGCCUAGUCAAACUUCCACAGAGAAGGACCUAGCCUGAGCCUAACUGUUUCGCAACCUGUCCCUGUGGGUAUAUCGGAAACGCAUAUAUCAUCCUUGUUUCCAUGUCUAUUUAUUCAAGCAUUCUGUUGUGUGUAAAUCUUCCGCCGAUAUCUGUUUGUGAUAUUGAAAUUCUGUAUAUAUUACAGUUCAACGAUCUGUAACUUAUGCUCAUGAACAUAGACUCUGCUUGGUGCUGAAAGGAAGAGUUUUCUUCUCG